AUGGCCGACUCUAGCAACAGUGACUCCACCCAAACUAUCAACAUCACUCUCCCAAAUUCCACCAUGAACCCCUUCUCUUCCUUGACCUCAGUUGUAAACAUUAAGCUGGAUCGUACCAAUUAUCCUUUGUGGUUGGCUCAGAUCUUACCUAUUCUCAGGAGUCGGGACCUGAUGGGUUAUGUUGAUGGAACCAUUGUUUGUCCUUCCCAGCAGCUUUCUGGAAGUACAACUACCAAUCCUGCUUACACAACCUGGGUUGAGUACGAUCAAAUGAUACUCAGCUGGAUUAAUGGCUCUCUCACGCCGUCUGUGCUCUCGGUCGUGGCCAGCAAGAGGACCUCUCGUGCUACCUGGGAGGCUCUCGAGCAACGUUAUGCUUCUACGUCCCAGAAUCGCAUCUUGUUUCUGCGGAAUGAACUUAUACAAACCAAAAAAGGUGAUUUGUCGAUUGCUGAUUAUCUUGAUAAAAUGAAUGCUAUUUCUGAUAACCUUGCCCUAGCUGGCAAACCUGUGGGUGAUGAUGAACUUGUCCAGAUUAUCUUGAACAAUCUUGGACCUGCUUAUGAGAUGACAGUGAACGCUGCUCAGGCACAGGUCGUGGUGGACGAUUUCUUGGCAACGGACGAGGAAUAG